ACAAAACAAAAAAAAAAAAAACACAUGGUCGACAAAGAAGGGCUGCUUCGCGAAGAAACUUCGCAUACCCUCUUCAACUUUCCCCUUUCUUCUUUCUCUCUCUUGAUCCGUGUCGAUUGCGUUACGACACUGUUCAUCUCGUAGCCGUUUGAUGCGUUUUCGACGGUCGGUGUCUCUCGAGAUCGAAUAAUUCCUUGAAGAUAAAGCAAAGAGAGAUACCGAUCGAAUUGUGACGCAAAAAGUCCGCAAAUCUCUCCCGAGAAUUCGAAGCGAAGCGAAAAAUUUCGAUCAUGGUGGUCGAUUCGAUCUGCGCGAGCACGUCCCUCAUCGCGCACCACCUGUUCGAUCAAAGGACGAAGCCUAAAUCCCUCCCCCACAACCCCAGAUUCAUCGUCCCAUGUCGAAUCCCCUCCACCAGUUUUCAUGGCCAACGCUUGAUCCUCUCCUCCUCCCCCUCGAGAUCGAUCCCCAGGAAUCGCCAUGUCCGAGCUACGGAUUACGCUAUCAAGUCCCUAGCAAUGGAGCUCACCAAGGAGGCGCACCGCGGCGGAGAUUACCGCGGGAUCCCUCGCGAUCUCGAGUACCCGAUUGACACCGCGUCGUCGUCGUCGUCGUCGUCGUCCCCGACCCGGUUGUGGCCCCCUCCGAACCGGGCCGAUAACCCUAGCCUCCAUAAUCCUUUGCUUCGCCAUGAGCGCAUGGGGUGUGGGUGGCUCGGCGUGAUCUUCGAGUGGGAGGGUGUGGUCGUCGAGGACGACCCCGAAUCCGCGAAGCAAGCGUGGCUCCUCCUCGCGGAAGAGGAGGGGAAGUCGCCUCCCCCCGCGUUCGUGCUGAAGCGGAUCGAGGGCAUGAAGAACGAGCAAGCGAUCUCCGAGGUGCUCUGCUGGUCCCGAGACCCGGCGGAGAUGCGGAGGUUGGCUUCUAGGAAGGAGGAGAUCCACAAAACCCUAAUAGGCGGUGCAUUUUAUCAAAUACGUUCAGGAUCACAGGAAUUCGUGGAUGUUCUUACUAGCCACAAGAUCCCGAUUGCGGUGGCGUCGACGCGGCCGCGGAAGGUGCUCGAGGACUCGAUCGACGCCACCGGGCUGCGGGGAUUCUUAAAUGCAGUCGUGGCCGCGGAGGACGUGUACCGUGGGAAGCCCGAUCCGGAGAUGUUCCUCUAUGCGGCGCAGCUGCUGAAUUUUAUCCCGGAGCGGUGCAUCGUGUUCGGGAACUCAAAUUCUUCAGUGGAGGCCGCGCACGACGCCCGCAUGAAGUGCGUUGCAGUGGCAAGCAAGCACCCGGUCUAUGAGCUCAGCGCAGCCGACCUCGUAGUUCGGCGGCUCGAUGAGCUAUCGGUGGUCGACUUGAAGAACCUCGCAGACAUUGACUCGCCCGAGUUCGAACCUGAACCGGAGAUGGAGGAGGAAAAAGAUCCGGUUCCGUAUAAACCGGUCGGAGUUCGUGAUUUAUUCUGGUAAGAAUUGGCUGAUUAAUUUUAGUACGAAUCAUAUAGUUUAUGUACAGUCACAAAGUUGGGGCCUGUAAUUUUAAUCUGUAAAUUGUUGCCUAAAAUGCCUCCUUUUAGGAUUGUAUAUAUUGGAUGAUACUAAGUAGGAAAAUGAAUUGGAUUGUGGUGGUCGCAUUGGGCUUCCCUUUGUGCUUUAAAUGUAUUUAUCAUUUACAUACUUUCUAAUUGAAAAUCGGAUACUUAUAGGGAUCUGUUCU